AUGAAUAAUGUUACCCUGUACACAAUAACAUCUACAACCCAAGGAAAUGUACAGAGUUUUUCAUAUCCUAUUGAUUCUCCAAGUGGAGAACUUGUUAAAAUGGCGUUUUCAAAUCUCCAAGUUUUCGAUACACAAAACUACGUAGUUUAUUAUCGAAACACACAAGGGGUUAGCGUUAUUAUCGAGAAAGAUAUCACAUUACGUUCUCUUAACGCUAAGAAUGGAGAUUUUUUACAAAUAUUCCCAAAUACCAAUCAAACGCAAAUAGAAUAUAGGUAUGCCCAACCUCAACAAAUACAGCCUGCUUUACAAUCCCUUCCUCUAAAUUCCAUGUAUCUCCCGAAUGAUAUGAAUCAAAACAAUUUUCAAUCAGGAUUAUUAUCAACAAACAACAAUACUCAAUUUCCUUCUAUGAAUGAUACAUAUUCGAAUCCAGCUUCACCAUUUUCAUCAGGAAAUUUAACUAAUAACAUGAAUUUUGCCUCAGGAACAUUAUCUUUAUCAUCAGGAGCAGCACUAAAUACAAGUACACCAAGUUUUGGAAUGACUCCAGAAAAUUCAUCUCCAAGUCCAGAUAACGGAUUAAGUUUAUUCGCAACUCCGCCACCUGAACAGCCGAUGGGAUUUUUUACUGCCCAGAUGAACCAACAACAAGCCCAAGGAGGACUUUUUCAAAAUGCUCCUCCUCAACCAGCAGGACUUGGAUUAUUUGCACAACCUGAAGGAAUGGGAUUAUUCGCGAGUCAGAAUACUGCUCAAGUUGGACUGUUCAGUACACAGAACCAAGGACUAGGUCUUUUCGCUCAAAAUAAUACUGGUCCAAUGCCAUUAGGUCUUUAUUCACAAACAAACAGCGCUCCGUUACAAAUAGGCAUUAAUGCACAGAAUUAUGACCAACAAACGCAAGAAGGAGUUAAUUACGGCCAAACAAUUUCUCAUCAAUACGAUCCAUUUAGCGGCGCAUUCGAUUCAACUAACGAACCACCACAAUUUCAAACAGGUAUAUCAUUCAACUACAAUACAGGCUUCAAUACUAUAAAUGGCGAGCAAGAUCAAAAUAUUGGACUUGAUCAAGACCCUGCGUUAUUCAAUUCGUCAGUUGCUUUACGAGCAAACAACCAAGACCAGAAUAUCCACGAUGGAACAGGUACAACAGACUUUAUGCUGGAUAAUGGAAUUGUUAUUGAUGCCGAUAUCAAUGAUGACUUCGCCAAUAUCGAUUUCGGAGCUGUUAAGAAGACAGGAAACGAGCUUUACGAGAUGUGGGCCAAUGAAGGUCUCGCUCCUUACGAAGUUAAGGUUGUUUUCGGAUUUUUGGAGUCAGACCCUGAACCGAAAACGAUCAAACUCUUCCAAAUGUUUGAAUACAAAGAUGUCCGUAACAUUCUUAUUGAAAAUUUCAAAUUAGAUAAUGAACCAAGGUAUUCAUUCAUGUUUACAGCACCAGGAGCUACAAAGUUUUGGUUGAAAGAAGGUUCUUCACUCGAAAAGUACCAAUUCGUUGAAGGAACUGCUUUAUAUAUUUUCAAAAGAGAUUUAAAGGUCAUGGUAUCGACAUCACACUAUCAGCCGCGCAUGGUAAACAUCGAUGCUGAAAAUACAGUUGAAAAUGUCGUUGAAGAUCUCGCUAAAAAACUCGGAAUUGAAAAUCCUCUUGGAUAUUCCCUUUAUGCAACAGAAGAUGAAACAGAAUUACCAUUAAAUCCACAUUUACCUAUCCCUGAACAAACAAAACACUUCAAUCAGCUCACAUUACGAAGAGAAUUCUUUUGUUUGUCAAGAAUUGACAUUUCAACACUCGAAACAGCCAUGCAAACAUACAAAGAUUCCAAAACAAGGUUCUUCGGUGAUAAUUUGUAUGUUUUGGAAGAAAUUGCCCUUGAAUUUGCCGCAUUACAGUUUUUCAUUGAAGCUGAUGCCAAUGCUUUAAGAAAUCCAACAUUUCCAGAUAAUAUCCAUUUCCUUUUCCCAGAGUGUAAUGAGUAUUCCCAUACAUUAGGACCAGAAUUAUUGAAAUACGUCACUGAAUAUCCUGAAAUAAGCAAGUUCAAUGCGAUCAGGAAGUGGUUGAAGUUCAUUAGAAGGUAUCCCGGCUUCGGAACAUUGAGUUAUGACUGCACAGUCAACGUAAUUAACGAAAAGGCACACAUUCGAUGUUUGUGGCCGUAG